AUGCGGCGACUAUUCGCCUUAUGGCUCUUGGUCGUGCUGCCUGUAUGGGCCCUAUCAGAGUCCUUCAAUGAGACAUUAACGCUACACCCUCUGGUCGGUGGUCGUGUUCAUGCAUCCUUUGCAUUUGAGAUUGCAUCAGAGACAACGUCGCUGCAUCAUUUCGGGCUUCUGCCACGCGCAUUGUGGCAGCCCGUUGUCGCGCAGAAUGUAUCGGAGCUUCAACUGGCUUUAACAAAAGGACGCUGGCUGUACAAUGUAUGGGGUGCUCCGUCCUUUGAGACGAUGGGAGACGAGUCUGUGGCUAGCGGUGCUGAGGUGUGGGCGGCUAUGAGCAACGAGGAAGAGAUGUGGCCACGUUGGCGGGUCUUGACGUCGGCCUUAGCGAGCCUUUCAUGUGCAUCACUGGAUGCGAUCGAUGAGAAAACAACCAUUCAGCCAUCACAUGCCUAUUUCACGCAUCGGAGCCCGGUCCUACAUGCCUACUUGCCGUCAGAAAGUGUGUGCACAGAGAAUAUUUCACCGCUUCUCAAAUUGCUGCCUUGCAAAGGUGGCGCUGGACUAGCGAGCUUGGUCAAGCCCCAUUCGAUUCUCAGUGCAGAAUUCCACAGCGUGGUACUCCAUGUCGAGCGGGAUGCGACAACGUGGCGUAUGAGCCUAAAGGUGCACGCGGUGAUGAGGCCCGACACUCUAGGUGCUCAUCUGUGGUCGUUUUCGGACAUGUUUCAAACGAAUUUGCAAUCAGUAUGUCCUAUUGCGACGUCAAGUCGUGUGAUUGUACACAGUGACACGGAACCCCAACCGCUGCCGGCGCCUGUCUCGAUGGCAGCUGAGGAGGAAGAUGAGUUGCUCUCUGACUUGCUACAGGAGGAGGAGGACGACGACGAAGACAUGGGCCUGUCGUCGACUCGUGUGGGACCACGCGCCGCAUUUAUGACUCAGUUGGCUUCUUAUACAUACGUAACAUCCUCGUUGGAUGCCUACGACAAGGAACUUGCGCUGCAGUGGACAGCACCGAGUGACAGUCUUCUUCUUCAUCCUCCUCCGCUACAGGCGACUCGUCAAGUGCUUGGGUACGGGCAAGAGCACAAUACCGUGCGUUUGACGCUGCGGAACAGCCUACCUGCCGAAACUGUGCGAGUGCUGUACUAUGAUCAUAUACCGUCGAUGUUUUUGCCGCUGCUGCAUACCAUGCAAGCCUCGGCACAGGUGGAUGAGUACGAUGAGUCGGAUGAUAUGGUGCGGUAUGCGGAUGACAUUGAGCUGCCGUUUGUCGUAGCGGCCAAGUACACGCCGCCUCGAUUGCGAGAGCAUAUGGGUGCCAUGGAAUUGACGCUGCGUGUGCCUGCGGGUAGCACAGUGACAGUGACGUAUACGCUGAUGAAGCAUAUGCUGCACUACGAUGAGCAUGUACCCGACCCCCACCGCGGCAUGGACUUACCGCCGGCCUUGUUUAUGCCGCUGUCCGGCUCCUUUUCGCGGGCCAAAGUGCAUGCGCCAUGGCCUGUAGCGCGUGUGCAAGCGGCGCGGCUUUAUACCUCCCCCAGUUUGCUGGACAUGGCUGCGCCGGAUUUCUCGAUGCCGUACAACAUUAUUUUGUUCUACUCCACCUUUGUGGCUCUAUUUUUUGGAACGCUGCUCAACACUCUUUUGCGGCGCUUCCGUGAUAUGUAUAGUCCGAAAAAAGAGUAG